CAGCUAUAUCCCAACGACCUUACCUUUUUGCACAAGUUCAUAUUCAUACCGAAAACUCAGCGUUAAACUCUUUCUAGAAUUUCUUGUUUUUUAAUUGAAUCAUGAUACCCUAAUUUCCCAAUCACGAAACAAAAGACGCAACUCUGAAGCUCCUUCAGACUUAUACCCGCAAUGUCAACACCAAGCACGCAUUCUUCUACGCCCGGGAUACCUAGCACAGCAGCAGCAGCAGCAGGAGGAGGAGGAGGAGGAGGAGGAGCAGGAGCAGGAAUAAGCAAUAACGGCGCUCCUGCAGCCUUUGCAGCAGCCGCGUCGCCGAUAAGAACUACGUCUUCCACGCCCAUAUCGACGCCCAUCUCGCUGUCGAAUUUCCCGCUCUAUGAUCCGAACACGCCCCCGCCCCCGCCGCCCAAGACGGGCAGCGCGACUGGCAGUCCGCGCGUAAGUGGACUCACGAGCAUCGCGGCGGGAGUCGGGGUGCUGGGUAGCCCUCCGCCCCCUCCACCACCACCACCACCACCACCGCCGCCGCCGCAUCAGUAUCAGUAUCAGUACGGCGCAGAAGGGCUGCAUUUACAUUCGCAUUCGCAGUCGCAGUCGCCGGUUGGAGCGGGGAGUCAAACAGCAGCAGCAGCAACAGCAGUAGGGAAUGGCAUGAUAGAUCAAGGCGCUGCACAGAUGCAGCAGCAGCAGCAGCAGCAGCAACAGACCGUGCUGGAACGAGCAAGGAUGCAAGAAGAUCGAUGGUUGCCCACGGGCGUCAAGGAACGAUCAAAAGCAUCACUGGAACACAUCCUCUCUACGCCCGCGCUGCUUGACGCGCUGAUUUACAGUCCGGAAACCAUACACCCGUCACUGUCCAACACCAACAGCGCGGUCACGAAUCAAUUGAACACAAACAUUGCACUCGCGACGCACCUGCUGAAUAUUGAGACCCGGGUGCGGAGUCUGCGCGAACAUACGCAGACGAAAUUACUCGCUGCCAGGGGCCUGGAGCAGGCGUGGCGCGGCAAGCAGCGGGAUAUGGAUGCCGCGCUGGAGCCGUGGAGUCCGAAGGCGCUGUACGUGCGGCUGAGUCAGGCGGUGGCGGAGCAGGAGGGGAUAUGUCGUGCCCUGGAGGAGAGCUUUCUGGAGGGCGAGACGGGUGUGGGUGUAGGAGGUGGUGUAAUUGCCGGGGGGGGAGUCGAGUCGGGGGUAGCGACGGAGAGAGAGGUGGUGGAUUUCUUGAGGAGGUAUCGCGAUGCAAGACGCCUGGCGUAUCUUAGAGGGGAAAGGAAAGAGAGGUGGGACGAGGGCAGAGUGGGUGGAUGGCGGUGACAUUUCGAGUGCAGACGAUGGUCAUGUCAUGGCAUGGCGUCCACAAUGAAUGUUUCCUACUUACGGUUGUAUUUGGAUCGGCUCGGCAGAUUAUGCAUAGCGUUGGAGCAGAAUUCUACACUUUCAGACCUGGAAUGAUUCAAGUCUUUAUAUUACAGCAUGUUUACAUCACAUUGUUCAAAGUAUUGAAAGAAUAAAGGUAAAAUAAUGAGUUUCAUUUUCUAAUGAAUUCUAUAUUGAGUU